AUGACAGUACACGCAGUCGACGACCUGGCGGAUACUGUCUGCUGGGUAGUCGGCGAAAUCGGACAGAUACUCGACCCCGAGUUCCUCGAUUGUCCAACACGGGAGCCACCUAAGUAUAUCAAGAAAGUGCCUCAAUGCCAUAUGGAUGCUUGGAAUAACUUCCAUAAAUGGGUGAUCUCCGAAGUUCCCACGUGCAAGGCGGAACCCAAGUUCCUUAUCAACGAAGAGCUGAACGAAAAGAUAUUCAUCGGCAACUGUGACAUCCUGGAACUGGAGGUGGGCGCCAUAGCUGUCUUCCUCGACGAGUACACGCCGCAUGCAUCAAGAACGGCGAGGCGCAUACAAAUACAGAGUGGCAAUGAGAUUCCAUAUGAAGAACUUUCUCGUCUGCGCUGCGGUGAUGUCCUGCUGCGGCGCAGCUAUAACAUCGGCAGCGAGCACGUUGUUUACGCCGUCUCACCGCGCUACUCCACCAAGUACCCGGACGCCUGGGCGAACGUUCUCAACAUGUGUGUGCGUGAGGCCCUCAAAGCCGCCAUUUCUGCGGGGGUGGAUUCAGUGGCGUUCCCACUGACCAUGGGCAGGGAAGGGACGUACCCUGACAAUGGGUUCGCAACCGCGGUUCUGCGAGCAGUCAGGCGGUGGCUCGAGCUGCCAACAGUGGCAACAAAUAUCGCACGUGUUUUUUUCUUCGGGGUGGAUGAAGAAUCGUAUUGCCUCAUGAGGCGAUUUUUCCCCAGGGACAAGACAGAAGAGAAAUUAAGCGCAGAAAUCUCAGAGGCAGGAAAUGAGUACGGCGAAAUCGUCAAGGAGGAACGAAAUAUACGCAUAUCAGCAGGUUUGCGGAGUGAAAACGGGGAGAGUGACGACACAACGGCUAAACCGAUGCAGAUUAAUGCCCCGCUUGCCAAUUUCAGCGAUAAUUGCAGAGUCGGGAGCGAUAGGCAGUUGUCUGCCAAGGACUACGAUUUCGACUAUUACUGCAGGCUCUCACUAUCUCUGAUGCGGACGCCUGUGUACAGGGAAAUGGACGACAGCGGAUUUGCAAUGAUAUUGGGCCGCGACGUUGCCCAACGCCCAGUCAUCGCAAUAGACGCGGCGAAAAUGCCCAGCAGCAUAAGCAACACGCAUGCAGUUGCCUACGUGCUGCGAAUCAUGCAGCCGAUAUUGCAGAAUAAAUUUGUCAUGCUGCUCCUCAACAUGGGUAGGGAGCUUACCGGGUAG